AAUAAGCACUGCCCCACUUUUUCAACUUAUUAGAAGAUGUGAAAGUAUAAAGCAUUGUGAUUGCAACUUCGAUUAUACAGUCUCGCUCCAGCCGGAAGUUAACAGUCUGAUAUCAUACACAGCGGCUUACUUGAUACAAAGUGCUGGAUGAAAUGAUGGAUAUUGCUUGUGUAUGUUUACACCACAAGCACACAUUGUUGUUGUUUUUAUACGUUGCCAAAUGUAGAUUAAAAUAGCUAGCAUUAAGUGGUUUUAAUGUUUUGUUUAUUAGUAAUGAGGAAUAAUGAUAGUGGUGAAACAAUCAUAUUGCUACAUAUGGCCGGCUUGUAUAUUGUUCUUGCGAGGACACACGCAUUUGAUGCGUUCUGAAAAUUUCAACUCAAUGGUAUAUUUUCGUAGUCCUGCGUCAACAAUGCGGUUUUGUCCUGGACACAACCUUCUACAAUUUUUCUUUGACAAAAACCGUUUCGUAGCGAUACUUUCCACAGAGUUUAUCAUUGCAACCAAAUAGAAGCUGUUGUGCAUUUGGUAGCAAUAUUUUAUUAUAUGUGGAAAACAAAUUAAACUCUUUGGCUUCAAAGCAAUUCAAAGUUCUAAGAAUUGGAUUCUUCACAGUAGCUGUUUUCUUCACCUCGUUAGCAGCGAUGACAAGGUUUCGGUUUCUUCUUGGCGGCUGUCUUCUCGCUCGACGCUCGACGCCCGCCGGCAAUCGAUGCUGGGGAGGAGGCGAUCUGGCGUAGUGGUAACAUCCGUACCUCUCACGCUCAAGGUCACGAGUUCGAAUCUCACUCCCGACAUUCUUCCAAAAAUGGAAGUUAAAAGUGACGAACCAGCCAAAAUGUGUUGAAAAUCACUAUAAUACAGAAAAAAAAAUCGAUGCUGAAUCGAUGAUUACCAAACGAAAAGAGUAUCGUGUGUGUGUGGCGGUUGUCUCAUUGUCCAACCUAUAUCUCCUUAAACGGAAAUUCCUUUUGGACUUAUAAUCAAUAAUAUAAUUAUCAAUAAUAUUGAAUAUUUUGAAUAUUUUGGUUUGCCAAUAUAAUUGUCGUCUAGAGGCUUCAGUCCUAAUCCCUCUUUUGUUUGCAGUUGUUUGCUGCACACAACUCCCUAUAAUUUUUUUAGGCGUAGGACUACGUCUUUCAUCUCUAUACUGGGGUGUAAGUUCAAAGUUGUGGUAUUGAUGACUUUGAAUUACGAAAUUGUUCUACUCAAAUAUCAGUUCGGAUAUUUUUUUUUCUCUGUAUUUUAGUGACUUUCAACUCAUUUGGCUGGUUCGUCACUUUGCUUCCAUUUUUGGAAGAAUGUUGGGAGUGAGAAUUGAACUCGUGACUUUUAGCGUGAGAGGUAUGGAUGUUACCACUACGCCAGAUCGCCUCCACUGGUUCAGUUCGGAUAUAAUUAACUCUUAUAUAUCAGUUCGGAUAUAAAUUAACUCUUUUGUCGAAAUUUUGGGGGUUCUGAAAAUGACUGAUGGUUUGUGUGACUUCUUAGAAUCAGCAGAAGAAAAUGGUUGAUUCACAAUUCUUUCUUGGCCUCGCACGAACAGUACAAAAGCUGUUAAUUAUUAGAAGACGAUUUGUCAGUGAGAGUGACUUUGUGGAACCCGAAGUUCAACACCGGAUUGUUCUUACUGCGCUUUCCAUUCAGUCCACAUCAAGAGCAUUUGUACAACAUCGAUGUCGGUCCCCGAACCCAAAUAUAUUUAUUGUAUGAUAAGAAAACAGCCGGGAAUUCGACUAGAAAGUAGUCAUAUAUCGCAAAUCAUCCGAAAACAAACCAUGUUCUUUUUUAUUUCUUUAUUUUGUAAUUGUCAGUCUCAGUAAUUAAUGUUUUACUUACAAAAAGUUCUUUAUCAGUCCCUAGGGCUCAACGUGUAGCCGAAACAUUUUUUAUUUGAAUUAUUGAACUGGCUCCCUGGCCGAGUGGUUUGCUUUACUUUUACCGGUUUGAGAGUUUCGGGUUCAAUUAUUCGUUAAAAUUCUUCGUUGAAGUUUCAUGCUUCACUAGCUGACCCGGAAAAGUUCGUCCCGCCCAAAAUUUGAUUUUUUGUUAUCAAUACCUUCAAACAUUCACGUUUUCUUACUAAUCGAACGUUCUUGGGUCCAAUCGCAGAACUAUUCAUUGAUUGAUCUUCUAAUUGACCCUUAACAAUUUCCAUUUAAUGUAAAUUUGCUGAUACUUAUACCAAAACUCGUCAUCAUAAUAUAAAAUUAUUUUCAGUCACAAUUCUCGUUCAUGAUUCUUCAAUCACUUGCGAACAACAUGUUUCUCCGUUACAUGGAAUGCAUGUUUGAUACAGGACAUAUAAUAAAAAACAACAGCUCAAAUUGGAUGAUUGCUUCCUCGAGUUUUGCGCUCACUAACACAUUUGGCGAUCCAUUUUUUUAUAUUGUAGUAAGACAUAAGAGUGCGUGUUUUCGCCUGAUUACCAUUUCCAUUUUGAACAAAGAUUAAUUUCGUUAGCGCAAACAUCAAAUGGAUGCUUGUCACGAUGUAAUUGUAGAACAUAUGGUAAUUAAAUUUCAGAAUUUUCCCAUUUUUCUUUUCCGAAAAUUUGUAAUUGUCAUGUUUGAUUGGAAUAUGGUUGGAGAGGAGGAAGGGGCGUCAAACCACCUUAAAAACAUUUUUUGUACCCACAAACCUUCACAUGCCAAGUUUGGUUCCAUUUGCUUGAAUAGUUCUCGAGUUAUGCAGAAAUUUGUGUUCCUUUUUUAUAGCAGCUUUCCUUCAGGGCAGGGGGAGCGAUCUCGAACUUUCGUAAGAACUUUCCCCGGCCCUUAAAACCUCUGCAUAUAAAUCUGAUGAUCGGUUCAGUAAUUUCCAAGUCCAUAAGAAUCAGACAGACAGAUAGAAAUCCAUUUUUACAUAAGAGAAGGGUGGUAAAGACGGACACCUUAAGUAAAAGUUGAUUUGUGAAAUGUGAAAUUCACAUUUUCUCUUUUUAUAAUAAAAUUCGUUUUCGAGGCAGAAAUUUUGCAAAAUUAAUGUGCAUCUUUAAAAAAAAAGAGUCGGGAAAGAUGAACACUUGGAGGGAAAGAUGGACACUUGGGGUGGGAAACAUGGACACUAACUGAAAAGUUAAAUUUUGGAAUUCAAAUUGAUGUACUCAAUAAUUUUUGGAGGUCAUCAAAUAAGCCUUAAAAUUAUUCAACAAAAACGCUUGACUAAAAUCACCUAGAAGAUCCUUGUAAUUUUUUUCAUGCCUGAUAUCUGUAAUGACAGAUUAGGAUUACGUUUUAAAAACUGCUAAGCCAAGCUUUCCCAGCCAUCUGAGUUGGUUUGUUGAACGAAUUCUUCAGUCCGUUUUCCGCUAGUUCGAAAGUCAUGGACUUCCCAUAGAAUAUCCCCUCUUGGUCGAGGGGAUGUCGCACUAGUUCUUGUUCCUACUGUUGACUGGAAACUGUCGGGAGUGGUCCUAGUUGUGGUGAAAAAUUUGAAUUUUUAGUUGUCGUAUGAGUGUUGUUCUUGGAAUGCUGAAAUUCAACGCAAUUGUGCUCCCUUAACAGCUUUAUAGCCUCUUCUACCCGUUGGCUUGUUCAUGAUAUCCAGUAGCUCUUGCAAACGAAGUUAGGGGGUAUCUGUUAAUAAAAAAGGAGGAGGUAAUCAAAUUGUUUUCAAAACAAAAUGAUCGUCAUUCCCUUCGUUGGAGUAUCUCCCCAAUUUCUGGAGUGAAAAGGAAAAAAUUACCGCUGACUCGAUAAAAUUUAAGGAAACGAUAAAAUGAUGAUAAUACACUGUCGUAACGAAAAAUACCCCAAAAAAUUACUCGAUAAUAAUGAGAUCCUUAUUUUCUGCAGACGAAAAUUUACAUCGAGCUGCUCUUUGUAAGUUACUUUUUUGUCUUUAAUUAUAAUUUUUACAGAAGGUCACCUAGGUGUGUACAGUAUGUACACACCACACCUUUCUGUUUCGAAUUUCUUUCGAAUUAUCUGUUUCGAAAAACGUGAUAUAAACGAAACAUUUUCAGUGAUAAAAUCGAGAGUGAUAUAAAUGAGACGUGAUAAAAACGCCCAGUGAUAUAAUUGAGACUUUACUGUAUUAUGCAAAAAUCUAGAUUUUAGGAAAAAUAUGAAGAAAUAUAGCGCUCUCUAGCCUAAAGCCAUGAAAACGGAAACAAAAUUCAAAAGUUAUUAUUUAAGAUUAGCUAAUUAGCUUCAAUUUGAUAUGUCGAUCAUCUAAAUCGGUUCAGUAGUUCAAAAGUUGUAAAAAAACAUUUUUGAAGAAAAGUGAAUUUUUCGGAUCACCCUAAAAUGGAAAUGAGCAUUCUAAUGAAAAACUAAAAAAUACGGGUCUAAUAUUUUUCGAUAAGGCAAAACUUUCAAUUUUAACAAACAUCUCAGAACCACUAUAUCGGUUUGGCAUGGAAUGGCUGUGUAUAUAGAUUUGUUUUAUGGAAAUUGUUAUAUUUUGGAAUGAUGGAAGUUUUGAAAAAGACAAUUGUUGUCAGUUUUUGAUUCUGGAAUAACUGGAGUCAUGUUCUGUAAGAAUGAAUGUGAAAAGUUUAGCCUCGGAGCGCAAGAAUAGAUGGCUAUUAAGACAUAAUCUCCUGUAACGACAUCCUGUCCUAGCUUUAAUCGCCCUGUUCUGAAGAAAGCUUCCAAUCGCGAGGGAAAGUCAUGGCCACCCUGACCUAAUUAGACGUCUUUUAGCGUUGCAUGGAAUACAUGCUUUCGGUACACCCACCAUCGUAUCAAACGUUACAAUUGUGUGUAAAUGACGCCUCUCCGCAAAGGUUUCAAAAUUUCCCAUCUUAACCCUCCACCACCCACAGCGGUGCGGUUGACGGUUGACAAGCAAACGAGCGAGCGAAAAUCAACCAGGCAAACGGCACACGGAUGAAGGGUUCAUCUCAAACGCCGUGCAGAAAUAAAUCGCAUGUUUCAGCGGAACCUUUCACUAAGGAAAAAAAAAAUUCUUCAUCGCUCGCCUCCCUUCCUCAUCCGGUAUCCUGGCGGAUCGCGUUUCCUGCAUCGCGCAUCCGAUAGUGCCGCUCGAAGCAGUUUCCAGUUAAUAACGGGCAACUCUCAUUUCUCAUAUUGGUGCCCCGUAUUUGCCUUACGCCCAUCCGAACGUCCUUCCGUUCGUUCGUUCGCUCGUCUCAAUGUUUGCUGGAGUGCUAAGCCUAGACUCGUGGAUUCCAGAACGGCUAUCACAUCGUGCUCCUUACAAUCCCAUUAGAGUCGAUUUAAUAUUUACUCUAUGACAUAUUUCCAAUCUAUUGUAGUAGUCACGUACGGGCCGAAACGAUGGGUUGGGAACUGGGAAAGAGCACUUGCCCGGAAGGUGGUUGUUUGUCCUCCCGUAUGUGAAAUAGAGGUCAGUCCGGAAGCAAUGGCACAGAUCAUAUUUGCUGGCUUUGUUCUCGUGGCGAAGCGGGAUAAAAGGUUCUCCUCCGGUGAGUUAGACUCGACAAACGCUUACGCUGUCGAGUCGAUGCAUCUCUCGAGCGUAAGCACGUGCUUUUCGGUGGCGUUUCGGGAGAACUGAUUCUCUCCGUGGAUCUCUUCUCGGCGAUGGUUGAGUGUUUGUGGCGGAGGCUGGUUCUAUCGCUCUGGCGCCAAAGGCGCACAGUUUAACUCUAUCGUUUGUGUUGAAAGGAUGCUCCUGUGUUUUGUUAUCAAAGUGAAACGUGCCUGUGAGUGAUAAUUGAGUGGAGGAACAAGGGUCAAAGAAUCAUUUCGAUGCCGACAAUGCCUUUGCGGAUAGCAUUUAUCCUCUUAUGGUUGGUGUGGUUUACGGAGCUUAUGGGUGGCGCGUCGGCAGUGUCGUCCUCGUGGGAAAAUUUUGAAAAUUUCACCCGUGGGAUGGAGUAUGUGACGAGAGGCAGGACACUGCGAAGCAUUGAUAAGUCCGUACUGCUGGUGAAUGACACCAAGGUGUUGAAUAGGAAUUCUAUUAAUACGUUUUACGAACGUACGAGACCCGCCAGUGGGAACAAGCGCCUGCGGGAAGUAUCCAUUCUGGGACUGUUCGAGCUUAGCACCAGACACGGGAUAAGAAGGGAAGGAUACAGCGAGCUAGCGGCUGCUCAGCUGGCCGUUCAGCACAUCAAUCGGAGAGGAUUGCUGUUGGGAUAUACGCUGAAGCUGUUGACGAAUGAUACCGAGUCGGAUCCUGGCGUAGGAAUUGACCGCUUCUUUCACGCUCUGUACACCCAUCAAGACAAACGAAUCAUCAUGAUACUAGGUUCGGCCUCUUCGGAGGUUACUGAAAGUUUAGCAAAAGUUGUUCCAUACUGGAAUAUAGUGCAGGUCUCAUUCGGUUCGACAUCCCCGGCGCUUAGCGACCGCCGAGAGUUUCCACUGUUCUACCGAACGGUUGCACCGGACUCCUCGCAUAAUCCAGCACGGAUCGCCUUCAUUAAACACUUCGGGUGGGACACGGUUGCCACAUUCGCGGAAAACGAGGAGAGCCACUCGCUGGCCGUGAAUGAUUUGGUUACUGAGCUGGAACGAGCCAACAUUACGUGCGCGGCGACGAUUUCCUUCGCGGAAACCGAUUUCAAGGAACAGCUCAAGCUGCUACGGGAUAAAGACAUCCGAGUGAUCAUCGGAAGUUUCUCCCACGAAAUGGCGUCUCGAGUAUUCUGCGAGGCCUACAAUCUGGGGAUGUUCGGAGCUGACUACGCUUGGAUUCUUCAGGAUAUGCACAUCUCUUUCUGGUGGCUGACUCACACCGCCGCCUGUCCUGUCUCAACGUUAUUGAAGGCCGUUGAGAAUAUGCUGCUAGUUUCGAGUUACAACAGUAUCGUGGGGAUGGGUACCACUCUUAGCGGAUUGACCAACGAGCUCUUCGGCCGGAAGCUACUGGAAAUGAACGUCACCGACGGGAUCUCGCAGUUUGCUCCGCAAACCUACGACGCGGUUUGGGCGAUCGCACUCGCACUCCGUGGAGCGGAGCGAACUUGGACACAGAUUGCGAACCCGAACCGCACUCGGUUGUCAAAUUAUGACUACACUCGGUUUGACAUAGCCAAGGAGCUUCUGAGGCAAUUCGAUAGUCUCAAAUUUAACGGCAUCUCUGGACCGGUUUCGUUCGAUGGUGCGGAUCGCGUUGGAACCACCUCGUUUCAUCAAAUCCAACGUGGGACACUGCGAUUGAUCGCAUUUUACUAUCCCAAGAAUGAGACGUUGGAUUUCAGCUGUCCCAGGUGUGCGUCAGUUCAGUGGGAGUCUGGACAAGUGCCGAUUGCGAAGAGAAUUUUACGACUACGCGUGGAUACGAUAUCUCCGCUGGUGUUUUACACGGUGUUGAUUCUUGCGAUCGUAGGAAUUGGAAUUGCACUGCUAUUUCUGGGAUUGAAUCUUCACUUUAGGAAACUCAAGGCCAUCAAAUUAUCCAGCCCGAAGCUGAGUACAAUAACAGUUUGCGGCUGCAUUCUGGUUUACAUGGCAACGAUUCUGCUGGGUCUGGAUCAUUCCACGCUACCCUGGUCAUCUGUAACUUUCUCGACGAUCUGCAUGGCUAGGAUCUACUUUCUGUCGGCCGGAUUUUCGCUUGCAUUCGGAUCGAUGUUCGCCAAGACGUUUCGCGUGUAUCGAUUGUUCACGUACAGCGGAGGGGGAGGUUUAUGUAGAGAUAAAAUUCUACGGGACACUCAGCUCAUUUCGGUGAUAGGGGCAUUACUGCUGCUGGAUGCAUGUGUUGUGUCAUUCUGGAUGGCUGCAGAUCCUAUGGAGCGACAUCUGCACAACCUUACACUGGAGAUCAGUGGCACCGACAGAAGUGUGGUUUAUCUACCCCAGGUGGAGUUGUGCCGAUCGAGACACUACGAGAGUUGGCUCGGGAUGUUGUACGCAUAUAAGGGUCUUCUGUUGAUAGUUGGUGUGUACAUGGCCUGGCAAACGAGACAUGUUAAAAUUCCGGCUUUGAACGAUUCACAAUACAUUGGAGUUUCGGUUUACAGUGUUGUGAUCACCAGUGCUAGCGUUGUUGUUCUGGCCAACCUGUUGUACGAAAGGGUUACCUUGGCUUUCGCGAUCACUGCUGGGUUCAUACUCAUUUCUACAACCGCGGCCCUGUGUUUACUGUUUCUCCCCAAAUUGAAGGGGAUCUUCGAGCAUGGUGAAGUGUAUGACCCCGUGAUCCACAGUAUGGGUCUUAAGAUAGAAAGCAAUACGCGACGAUUCGUGGUGGAUGAUCGACGGGAGUUACAGUUUCGAGUGGAAGUUCAAAAUCGAGUUUACAAGAAAGAGAUCGAGAUACUGGACGCAGAAAUUGCUCGACUGGAAAAAUUGCUGGCCGAACGAAUCUCACGAUCAUCAUCGCGAUCGUCCGAUCUAAACAUCAAAGUGUUGGGCUCUCCUGAUAACUUCAGUAAUGUUUCCUCCCGGAAACCAAGUACAACAGGCGCUCUCCCGAUGCUGCUGCUGUCCGUCUUGCCACCCAUAAUACCUCGAGCUAGUUGGCCAUCCGUUGAUCCUAUACCGUCGCCACUGAAGCGCAACCUAGCAUUCGGAUCGCAGCCAAGAUUCGAAACAAAUCGGUUCACUGCAAUGCGCCCUUCUGUUGGCGAGGAAAAUGGUAGCAUAAUUGGUCGCAUAAGGGCAUUUUUUGGAUCACGCAUUCGUAAAACCGUAUCCGUAUCGGCUCUCGGAGGGCCGAAUCCCACAUCACGUCCGUCAAAUUUGACUAUCUUCGCGGAAGUGGAAUUCGAGGAUGAGGUGUCGAUCGAACGUGGUGCACCGAAGGUCUUCACUGUCGAGCAGCGGUCAAAUGAAGGCUACCGGUUGGCAGGUUCGGAGCCACGGGUUAAUUUUGUGCUUCCGCCGAAAGCAGCGAACGGUAGCCGACGGUGCUCGAUGGCUCAUCAGCAGUCACAACCGACGCUUCGCGAGCGGGUAAAAGGAUCGCCGAGAUUUCCGCACAGGGUUUGUCCCACCAGCAGCAUGGUUAAAAGCUGCGAAGUUCUGCAGAGGCAACAUAUCGACCCGAAGGCGAAGUGGAAGUCGAUGGAAUCGUUUUCGAAAAGCAGUGGACAAGGUUAGGAUUGCAAAUUACUUGAAUUGGGGAAGAGGAGGUAGACCAAAGUGAAACAAUGACCACACGUUAAUCGGUUAACAUUAGGCAAUAGAUUAGUACUGCGUGCUGUGUUCGGUAGAGCAAUAAUGUCAAAUUAACAGUCUAUUGUACGGGUGAAUGAUUGUUCUAUUUUCAAAUAAACCUAGGUGUU